CUCUAAGAGCUGUGAGUCAGGCCGCCGGAGACGGCAGGUGAUCUGCUAUGACCAGGACCGCAAAUAUCAGGAUCCACAGAAAUGUGACCCAAGGGUCUAUCCACAUGAAUUUGAGGAUUGCAACACUCAGCCCUGCUAUCUGCCACAAAUGGUUCCAAGCUUUCCAGAUCCCACAGGAUUCAAUCCCGAUGAGGAUUUAAUGACUAUUCCAUAUACUGGACACCUGCCAUACUCUGAACGAUAUUCUCCAAACCAUCUACCAGAACGCACUGAGACGAACCUUCUUCCUGUUCAGUCACAACAAAAUGAGUGGAACCUCUCUAGAUUUUACCACUCCAACUCUGAAUCAGAUUCUCCUGAUACUGGAUCAGUUCCUGACCCAUCGAGGGCCCAGCAGUCACGACUGGAACUGAUGGGUCCAGAGACUAGAGACUGUAACAUAGAACCUUUUGGUUGCUGUCCGGAUGGUUAUGCCCCAGCAAAUGGACCAGGAGGGGAGGGCUGCCCUUCAAUCCCCUGCUACAAAAGCAGGUAUGGAUGCUGCCCUGAUGGAGUGACAUCAGCAAGAGGAUAUAACCAGGAUGGGUGCUCAAGAUAUUCAACAGAUGAUUAUUACAAUAAAAAUGAUCAACAAAUUUUUGAAUCACAGCUCACUGUUAGGGACAAUCCAUCAGUUGAGUGUCGGAGUUCCAUGUUUGGUUGCUGCCAUGAUGAAUCUACAUCUGCAUUAGGACCAAAUGGUGAAGGCUGCAGGAGUAGCCCCAGGCACCCUUAUCCAGCUACGUGCUUGUUAAUGAGUGCCAACGGCCCAUGCACAGAUUGGACAGUCCGAUGGUUCUUUGUCCCGGGUGCUGGGCUCUGUAACCGCUUCUGGUACGGAGGAUGCCAUGGGAACAAGAACAACUUUGGCACAGAGGAAGAGUGCCUGAGUCAGUGCAAGAGAUCGAGCACCCACAGUGAAUCAACUAGCAUGCCCGCCGAAUUACCACACUGGUGGGUCCCUCACACAGGACGUCAUUCCGGGUCCUAUCUGCCUCCAAACAGAGAAUCUGUACAACCGCAACCAGAACAGCCCAUUUACAGGUUAAAUAUAGAAAGAGGUGAUCCUUCCUUGGUGGAUGCAAGGCCAGGGCAAACCGUGAGGUUACUGUGCAAGGUUGAUGCUUCCCCCUCUCGUACUGUUGAAUGGCACAAAGAUGGAAGGCCAUUAUAUUCAGUAAGGCACGUCAUGCACUCAGAUGGGUCAUUAGCAAUCAACUGGGUUCGAGAACAAGAUGCUGGAUUGUACACGUGUCACGCAUCUAAUGGACGUGAUCAGGAUUUUCGUCAAGUUCAGCUUAAGGUUCAAGGAGAGCUGAAGAUUACAACACCUCCACAGAAUCUACGUGUGGCCUCAGGAGGAACAGCAGAAUUUCCAUGUGUGGUGUCUGCUGCUAAUGCCAAUAUACGAUGGACAAGGAAUGGAAUCGCUCUAAGAACGGAUGGAGAGCACAUCUACAUUUCACCGGAUGGUACUUUGACUUUGCACAAUGUUCAGUUGGGAGAUUCUGGCACUUAUACUUGCAACGUGUAUAGCGGCUCUCACUCAGUCAGUGCAAGUGCUGAGUUGAUGGUCACAUCCAUGAAACCAGUGGUGCAACCUACAGACCGUGAUUCAGGGUGUAUGGAUCAACCAGAACUGGCUAAUUGUGAUCUGAUAGUACAGGCCAAUCUCUGCUCCAAUCAGUACUACUCCAGUUUUUGCUGUUCAAGUUGCUCCAGGCACUGGUCACGUAACCAGCAUCUACAACAGCAGGGAUAAUGGUGGCGUAUGCGGGGAGCUUUAGGACUCAGGUCCACUUAACUGGCAGUAGCAUGAAAAGUUGUAUUGUCGGAUAUGAACAAGAGAUGCUACUCAAGAAAUGUUGGAAAGUUCAUUACCACAGAAAAAGGUGACCAAUGUACUUCUGACUAUACGAGCAGACAUACCCACCUUUCAUUAUGCAAAUAGCAGUACCUGUACUCUUUUUAAACUAUCCGUGUAUAUAAUAGUUUUAGAACUAGAAAUUAUUGCACAUUCUUAGAAACAAAUUAAUAUAGAAAAUAUGAUUUUCAAAGGUUGUGAACUUUUGUUACUUCCAAAGAUAUGUGAGAUUUAUAUGCAUUCAGAUUUUGUGUAAAAAGCCUGAUGUUUUCAAAGCUAAAUGUUGACAGGUUGGAUAAACUCAGUAAAUAAUCAGGUAUAUUUUGCUGUUGGUCCUUACUGUUUUGUGCACUAUCACUCCUUUGAACUGGUGUUAAGUAGAUAAUAUUGUACAUAACACUUAAUACUAUAACUAUUUUCACUUAAAUCCAGAAUCACAUUUAUUAAAGACAAGAUGUUCAUGUAAAAAAUGUAUAUUAUGUAUUAACACAUUUUCAUGAAUAGCAAAUGAAUGAAUUAAACAAUUCAUAUUGAA